UUUAGUGAAAUUUACGAAAAAGCGAAAAAACUCGGCUUGAAUCACGAACAAGUGGAAAAUUUACCUUCGGUGAAGAUGUUAAUAGGCGACGAGGGUCGGACGUUUAUCGCUCGUCUGUGUGUCUGUCUGUUGACCUGUUUAAUGGCGAUGACGAUUCAUUAUGAGUUGUACACUCGAGAAGGACUUAGUCGCGUCUGGUUCUAUUGGGAAAACAUCGAAAUCCAUGAAGAAAUGUGCACCGUGGACAUGCCCCCGUUCAUUCAGAACGUUUUCAUGCCUCCGGUCGAUUGUUCUCAUUGCGAAAAUUUGACUCACGUUCCUAGAAUUUCCGACGUUUCGCCGAUCUUAUUCGAAAAGAUGUAUGCCUACUCGGGAACACCCGUCAUCGUUACGGACGCGACAGAAAAUUGGACGGCCAUGGAGGUGUUUAGUUACGAUUUCUUUAAGGACGUCUACAAGAAAGACAGCCCCGCUCUGAGCAAUUUUAAGGUCGAUUGCCAGUUCUUUCCCUACAACACGCAAUUUAAAAACCUGAGCCAGGUUUUCCACAUGCCUUACGAAAAAGCCGUUCUAUUCGAGGGUCGAGAGCCGUGGUACGUCGGCUGGGGCAACUGCGAUCCGAACGUGGCCAAUUUGUUAAGAAAACACUACACUAGACCGUAUUUUAUACCUGAACAUUCGGAAACGUCCAAAAUGGAUUGGAUUUUUAUGGGCACUCCGGGUUAUGGUGCUAAUCUUCACAUCGACAAAGUGAAUUAUCCUUCGUGGCAAGCUCAGAUCAGAGGAAGGAAAAGAUGGACGUUGGAGCCGAUUCCCGAAUGCUAUUCUUCGUGCAAGACGUUAGAAGCGGUGGUGGAAACAGGCGAUAUCAUUGCCGUGGACACUAAUUUGUGGUAUCACAAAACGUUGGUCAUCGACGACGAAAUGAGCAUCGCCAUUGGCUCCGAAUUCGAUUAAGCGGCGAGUGAAACUUCGAAAGCCUGGAAUAAAUUUUAAUUCACUGAAGUGAAAACUGUUUGUUGAUGAAUUCGGCGAGGAAACAAUAA